UUUAUAAUUCAAAAGAUGAAUUAAACGACGUAUACGCACUGAACAAGGUGUACGGCAAAAUGUCGGUGGCGGUAAUAGGCGCCGGUGCCAGCGGACUUACGGCCAUAAAAUGUUGCCUUGAUGAGGGCCUGGAACCAGUCUGCUUUGAGCGGUCCCCCUACAUUGGAGGUCUGUGGCACUACACUACCGAUGCCGAGGAGGGUCAGGCAUGUGUGAUGAAGUCGACCGUGAUCAACACUUCGAAAGAGAUGAUGUGUUACAGCGACUUUCCGAUUCCGGCCGAGUAUGCCUUCUACAUGCACAACACCAAAGUGGACAGUUAUCUUAACAUGUAUGCGGACAAAUUCAACUUGAAGAAGUACAUACAGUUGAAUACAGAUGUUCUCAGCGUAAAGCCAUCAGAAUCGGUUGAUGGUAAAUGGGACAUAGUCACAAAGGUAAAAGGAUCGAGUGACACGAAUGCCCAAACCUUUGACACUGUGUUGGUCUGCACGGGUCAUCACGCCGACAAGAACAUCCCGGACUUUCCUGACCUUGACAAGUUCAAGGGCAAGGUCGUACAUACCCAUGACUACAGGGAUUACCAUGGCUACGAGGACAAACGCGUUCUUAUCAUUGGGAUCGGAAAUUCUGGUGGAGAUGUAGCCACGGAGCUGAGCAGAAUUUCUUCCCAGAUAUAUUUGAGCACACGUUCCGGGUCCUGGUUUUAUCAUCGUGUUGCUGACAAUGGGGACCCUAUUGACAUGCUUUUGUUCACAAGGUUCCUCACGUGGCUACGAACCCUGUUCCCGUACUUCGCUGGUCUGUUUGUCAAGUACAAGCUCAACAGCCGAUUUGACCAUGCCAAGUACUCCAUACAACCCAAUUACCUUCCGCUAAAUGCUCACCCAACCGUGAACGACGAACUACCAAACAGGAUUGCAUCUGGUGGAGUGAUUGUCAAAGCUAAUGUCAGCCAUUUCACGGAGACUGGUGCUGUGUUCGACGAUGGUACAACAGAAGAAAACAUUGACUGUGUUGUUUUGGCAACUGGCUAUAUUUUUGGCUUUCCCUUUCUGAAUAAAAGUGUUAUAGACGUGAAAAACAACAAAGUAGAGUUGUUCAAGUAUAUGUUUCCUCCUGACCUCAAGAAACCAACGCUUGCGGUGAUCGGAUGCAUUCAACCACUCGGUUCAAUAAUGCCGAUCAGUGAAAUGCAGUGUCGAUUGGCGGCCAGAGUGUUUAAUGGUAAGUCCCAGCUACCUGACCGAUCUUCGAUGUGGGAGGACAUCCGCGGGAAGCAGGAGGCGAUGGCCCGGCGUUAUAAGGCGUCUCCGAGACAUACCAUACAGGUCGAGUACAUCACAUUCAUGGACGAACUAGCCGAGCUUAUCGGAUGUAAACCGGAUAUAGCAAAAUUACUAUUGAGCGACCCUUUACUGGGCUGGAAUGUGCUGUUUGGCCCAGGGACCCCCUACCAGUACCGCAUUCAGGGCCCCGGGACAUGGAAGGACUCCCGGAAGUGCAUCCUUACACAAUGGGAGCGGACGUAUGCGCCCCUAAAAACCAGGCCCUUGCCGGUUCCAGACGCUGGCACAGCCGAUUCGCCCAAUAUUUCCGCUCUGCAGCUAUUGAUAAAUAUUCCAGUCUUCAUAUAUCGAUACUUAUUCACCACAAAUAAGAAAUAAUAAACAGGUAAGAAAAUAGGAACAAAUUUUGCAUAUUUAUAUAGUAUUAAAAGUUAAAUAAAAUGGUUUAAC